AUGUCUCUCAAACACCGCAUAACCUCCCUCCCCCAAUCCCUCCGCCUAAAAGGCAACGAAUCAAAACACGAACAAACAGACGCAUGGAGCAACCGCGACUUGAUCCCCUUGCCCCCGGAACGUCGAACAUGGGGCUGGUUUAAUUUCUUCGGAUUUUGGUCCAUCGGAUCGUUGAAUCUGGCGAAUUGGCAGACGCCUAGCACGUUUUUAGCAAUGGGGCUCUCCGUCCCACAAUCCAUGCUCAUCAUAGUCGUCAGUCGCAUCCUGAUCGCUGGCUUCUCAACGCUGAUAGCGUGGGCGGGGCUAAAGUGGCAUAUUGGCUUCACAGUGCAGAACCGGUAUAGUUGGGGGUUGAGGGGAAGCUUCAUACCGCUUUUGCAAAGGAUCAUGUUGAAUUUUAUUUGGAAUGCAGUACAGUGUUGGAACGGCGGUCGUCUCGUCGCAGUGUGUCUGACAGCAAUUUGGCCCUCGUAUGCACGCAUGCGGAAUACUUUCAGCCCCAACUUCCCGACUACAACUGAGCAGUUCGUUGGCUUCGUCGUGUUCUGGUUCCUAUCCACACCCUUCCUGUGGCUGCGGCCGGAGAAAUUCAAGAUCCCUUUCCUCGUCGUGUGCACAUGGUGCAGUGUCGGCAUGCUGGCAUGGAUGAUCUGGGCCCUAGCCACCGCAAAGGGAGUAGGUCCAUUGUGGAGUUCCGGUCAAAAUGUACCGGCAGGCUCGGAAUGGAAUACCUCGUGGCUCAUCAUGUCGGGGAUUAAUCAGAGCAUCGGCGGUUUGGCGGCGGGAAUUACCAACGGAAGUGAUUUCUCGCGGUAUGCGCGUAGAAGAAGGUCCUACCUUUGGGGUACUUUUGGCAGCUGCUUGGUCACUGGUGUGCUAGUCUCACUCAUUGGCCUCGUUACUGCUGCUGCUGGGCAAAAGAUUUACGGGGAGGUAUAUUGGAACCCACCGGAUCUACUCAUGCGCAUCAUGGACAAUGGAAACGGGUCGUCGCGGUCCCGCGCAGGCGUCUUUUUCCUAUCUGCUGGCUUCGCUUUCACCGCCAUGUUUGAGAACAUCUGCGGUAAUGCCGUUGCGGGCGGCAUUGAUCUCGCUGGUUUGUUCCCCCGGUACAUCAACAUCCGGCGUGGCGCAAUCAUCACCUUUGUGGCUGCGUGGAUUGUUCAACCUUGGCAACUGAUCAAUCGCGCUACUACUUUCAUCGCGGUGCUGUCGUCGUUUUCGGUUUUCCUGGCUCCGAUCAUAGGCAUCAUGGCUUGCGACUAUUACAUCCUGAGGAAGAGAAGGAUCCGCCUGACGCAUUUGUAUCGAACAGAAAUGUCUGAGUACUACUUCACCAAAGGAUUCAACUGGCGGGCCAUACCGGCAUGGCUGUGUGGAUGGGCUCCUACGAUUGGAGGGCUGGUCGUGACGGUGAGGGGAGAUGCGAAGCCACCACGGGCUUUAGUGGAACUUUACUACAUGGCUUUCUUGAUUGGUUUCUUCAUCAGCGGUAUUUUGUUCUAUCUGCUGAACCUUUUCUUCCCCGUUACCGACAUGGGCCAGAUGGAUCCCAUCGAUGUAUACGGUACCUUUACCUUGGCUGAAGCAAGGAGAGUCGGUGUUACGCCACUAGAUGACAGCACGAUAGUCGGAGAAGUGCUCGCGAGAGGAUCAUCGGGUAACGAUUACAACUCCAAAGAAAAGGACGUGGAAGUAGGUGUGGCGGGCUGA